GGGUGAUUUCAAUAUCCACCAGUGUGAUAGGGGUGACUUUAACAUCCUUCAAUGAACUCGUUGGGCUUAUUGGAGAUGCUGGCUUUGGCAUUUGUAAUAGCUUUACCAGGCUUAAAGGCUUUAAGUUUGCAGCCUGGUGCCGGCGGUGGCAGCACGCUAAGUGCUUGCCCAAGUGGCAAUGGCCAGGUGGUGCGGCUGGUGAGCAAAACGAGCACCGAGUACACGGUCUUCUUCAGCGGCUGCCCGUUCUACAGCCCCUACAAUCAGACCACACCUAACACACCAGCCUUCCAGAACAAGACGGUUACGUUCCGCAUCACCCCGGUGCUCUCGUCCACCGUCACCUACGUCGGUAUUUAUGCCAGCGGCACCACCAGCAACUCCCAGAAGAUCAUGAGCACCAUCGGCUACACAGUCACCGGCAUUGCCAUGUUCAGCGAUGCGGAUGCUACCGGGUCUGACGCCUACGUCAACGAGGGCCACACUUUCGAUGGGUGCCGCGGUCACGCCGAAAUGAACGGUCUCUACCACUUUCACACUGAGCCUGGCUCCGGCUGCGUGUACAACGAGACCGCGGGCACGCACUCCCCCCUGCUGGGUAUCAUGUACGACAGCAUCCCGAUUUACGGCGCCCUGGGCGACAACGGUGUGCCGCCGACUAACCUAGACGAGUGCGGCGGCCACACAGACACCACCUACCCCUUCUACCACUACCACACCACAUACAACUUGAAGUCCCCGUACCUGGUCAAAUGCCUCCGCGGCUGCAUCUUCAACGCGAAUGGCAACCCCUCGAUCCAGCAGUACAACCUGGUCAAGACCGACGCCACGUGCGUAAAGGCGGCGACGCAGUACGACUACAGCUCCUUCGUCAAUCCCCUGCUGUCGUCAAGCCCUGUGACUACUAGCUCGCCGCCGCCGCCGCCCUCCAGCGCAGCCGCAUGUCGCUGGCAUGCCUGGCUAGCCGCUGUGCUGCUUGUCGUCUGCACAUUAGCUACCCAGGGAUUUCGCACCGCCUAA